UAACCUCAAUCUUGAUGUGUGGAAUAUCGACAGAGACAGCCACUGUUUGAUGCUUUCGUAUUGAAUCUCCUUCUUUUUCUCUCUUAGCUUAGCUUUAAAUUUUCUCGAAAACCAAAUGGAAAAUAUUUAAACACUACAUUCAACUUUGAAGAAGAAGGAUCAGAAUCUCAUUCUUUAUUCUCAUAUAUAUUACUCCAAUUCCCCAUUCUUCUCCCUCUGACAUAUCCAAUCACUUUGGAUUUUCAGUUUUCGGAUUCGAUCCACUGCUCCUAGCUAGGGUUUCGUUUGCUGAAUCGAAAAUGGGGAAGGGGGGUGAAGAUUACGCGGCGAAGGAGAGCUCGUCGUCGUCGAGUUUUAGAGUUUCUGAUAAGAAUGUAUACCCGGCUUGGGCCAAGGACAUUUGGGAAUGCGAGGAGCGGUUUCGGGUGAGCGUGAGAUCGGGAUUGAAAACCGAUGAGAUUGAGGAGCGGAGGAAGAUUCAUGGCUGGAAUGAGUUGGAGAAGCAUGAGGGGCAAUCGAUUUGGAGCUUGGUUCUGGAUCAGUUCAACGACACUCUCGUUCGGAUUCUACUCGCCGCCGCCGUCAUCUCCUUUGUGCUUGCCUGGUACGACGGCGAGGAGGAGGAGAAGGAGAUCACUGCCUUCGUCGAGCCACUGGUGAUUUUCUUGAUCUUGAUAUUGAACGCUAUUGUUGGUGUUUGGCAAGAGAACAACGCCGAGAAGGCGCUUGAGGCUCUUAAAGAGAUUCAAUCGGAGAGCGCUACUGUUAUCCGAAAUGGUCAAAAAAUUCCUAACUUGCCCGCUAAGGAACUUGUUCCUGGUGAUGUUGUGGAGCUUAAAGUUGGGGAUAAGAUCCCUGCUGAUAUGCGUGUUGUUCAGCUGAUUAGCUCGACUUUGAGGGUCGAGCAAGGGUCACUAACUGGUGAGAGUGAAGCUGUGAACAAGACCAAUAAAGCUGUUUCAGACGAUGCUGAUAUUCAAGGGAAGAGAUGUAUGGUUUUUGCAGGGACAACUGUUGUGAAUGGAAAUUGUAUAUGCUUGGUGACUCAGACGGGUAUGGAAACCGAAAUUGGAAAGGUUCAUACCCAAAUUCAUGUUGCCUCACAGAGUGAGGAAGAUACUCCAUUGAAGAAGAAGCUCAAUGAGUUUGGGGAGCUUCUGACUCUUAUAAUUGGGGUGAUUUGUGCUCUGGUUUGGCUCAUUAAUGUUAAGUACUUCCUUACCUGGGAGUACGAGAAUGGUUGGCCUAAGAAUUUCAAGUUUUCGUUUGAGAAGUGUACGUAUUACUUCAAAAUUGCAGUGGCAUUGGCGGUGGCUGCUAUUCCGGAAGGUUUGCCUGCUGUUAUCACGACAUGUCUGGCUCUUGGUACCCGCAAGAUGGCUCAGAAAAAUGCUCUUGUUCGGAAAUUGCCAAGUGUUGAAACCCUGGGUUGUACUACUGUGAUUUGUUCUGAUAAAACAGGUACCUUGACUACAAAUCAGAUGGCAGUCUCGAAGCUUAUAGCCAUGGGUUCCAGAGGUAACACUGUGCGAACAUUCAAGGUGGAUGGAACUUCUUACAACCCAUUUGAUGGCGAAAUAAACGACUGGCCUACAGGUGGUAUGGAUUCUAAUCUUCAAAUGAUCGCUAAAAUUGCUGCUGUUUGCAAUGAUGCUGCACUAACAGAGUCCGAGCAUAAGUAUGUAGCUCAUGGAAUGCCUACAGAGGCUGCGUUAAAGGUUUUAGUUGAGAAGAUGGGCCUCCCUGAAGGAUGUCAUGAUGUUGGACCCACAAAUAGCUUACUACGUUGUUGUCAGAGGUGGAAUGAAUGUGAACGCAGAAUUGCAACUCUUGAGUUUGACCGUGAUAGGAAAUCCAUGGGUGUAGUAGUCAACUCCUCCUCUGGGAAUAAGUCAUUGCUAGUGAAGGGUGCUGUUGAGAAUGUUUUAGAGAGAAGCACUAAAAUGCAGUUGCUUGAUGGUUCUGUUAUACCACUAGAUCAAAGUACAAGGAACCUUAUCUUAGAAGUCCUUCAAGAUAUGUCAAGCAGUGCACUGCGCUGUUUGGGUUUUGCAUACAAGGAUGAGCUUCUGGAGUUUGAAACCUACGAUGGGGAUGAAGAACACCCAGCUUAUAAACUAUUACUUGAUCAUGCCAAUUAUUCAUCAAUUGAGAGUAACCUCACUUUUGUUGGUUUUGUUGGACUCAGGGACCCACCAAGAGGGGAAGUUCGCCAAGCAAUUGAGGAUUGCAGAGCUGCAGGAAUUCGUGUUAUGGUAAUUACUGGAGAUAACAAAAAUACAGCAGAAGCUAUAUGCCAUGAAAUUGGUGUAUUUGGAUCUGAAGAGGAUACUAGUUUAAGAAGUUUAACAGGUAAAGAGUUCAUGGAGCUGUCUGAUAAAAAAGCUCAUCUGAGACAAGAUGGUGGCCUUUUGUUUUCUAGGGCUGAACCUAGGCACAAACAAGAAAUUGUAAAGUUACUCAAAGAAGAUGGGGAGGUCGUUGCCAUGACUGGUGAUGGGGUGAAUGACGCACCCGCUUUAAAGCUUGCUGAUAUUGGGAUUGCUAUGGGAAUUGCUGGAACAGAGGUUGCAAAGGAAGCAUCUGACAUGGUAUUGGCUGAUGAUAAUUUUAGUACUAUUGUUUCUGCUGUUGGUGAAGGUAGAUCCAUCUACAACAACAUGAAAGCUUUUAUCCGGUACAUGAUCUCUUCCAAUAUGGGUGAGGUUGCUUCCAUAUUUCUCACAGCAGCAUUGGGUAUUCCUGAAGGUCUGAUACCUGUCCAGCUUUUAUGGGUAAAUCUCGUCACUGAUGGGCCACCAGCAACAGCAUUAGGAUUCAAUCCUCCUGAUAAAGAUAUAAUGAAGAAGCCCCCUCGUAGAAGCAACGAGUCUCUCAUCACUGCCUGGAUCCUAUUCCGUUAUCUGGUUAUUGGAAUGUACGUCGGAGUAGCAACUGUUGGCGUUUUCAUCAUUUGGUACACGCACGGUACCUUCUUAGGCAUCAACCUCAGCGGAGAUGGUCACACCCUCGUUACUUACUCGCAACUCGCAAACUGGGGCCAAUGCUCAUCAUGGAAAAACUUCACAGUUUCACCCUUCACGGCUGGUUCACAAGUCAUCUCCUUUGACGACAACCCCUGCGAUUAUUUCCAAAGGGGCAAAGUUAAAGCCACAACUCUCUCCCUCUCUGUACUCGUUGCCAUUGAGAUGUUCAACUCACUCAACGCCCUUUCCGAGGACGGAAGCCUGUUGACAAUGCCUCCAUGGGUCAACCCUUGGCUUCUUUGUGCCAUGUUCGUCUCGUUCGGCCUGCAUUUCAUGAUUCUUUACGUGCCGUUCUUAGCUCAGGUAUUUAGUAUCGUCCCGCUCAGCCUCAACGAAUGGUUCUUGGUUUUGGCCGUUGCUUUACCAGUUGUUCUCAUAGAUGAGGUCUUAAAGUUCGUGGGAAGGUGUACAAGUUGGUCUCAUUCAUCCAGAAGGAGCAGAGAACCAAAACCCAAGUCCGACUGAGACUUUUCAAACAUUUAAUUCAAACGAACCUUACAGAUAUUGGGCCUCACCUAUAGCAACCUUCUUCCCAUUUUUUCUUACUGAGAGGAAUGGUUUGGCGUUGAAGAAAGUUCAUCCCUUUUUACUCUCUCUUAUCAUUUUUUUGUUUUCGAGUCUUUAGCAAGACUGGAGCGUUUCUCAUUAUAUAAGAAAAUAUGACACAAAAACAUUAAGUUUUCGUGCACCCAAAUUAGACGUGCCUGCAAUUUCAUUGUACGAUGAAAUGCAUUGAUUUUUGUAAGGGAAUGUUAGGUUUUUAGUAAUUAUUUAUAAACAACUCAUUUUACCA